AUGGGCCCCUGUACCGCCUCCUCAUGCUGCUGCCAGGCCCGUAAUCUGCCAUGGGCCCCCGUACCGACUCCUCAUGCUGCUGCCAGGCCCGUAAUCUGUCAUGGGCCCCUGUACCGCCUCCUCAUGCUGCUGCCAGGUCCAGAGUGUGUCAUGGGUCCCUGUACGGCCUCCCAUUGCUGCUGUCUCCAUCUCCACACUCUGCCAUGUGCCACUUUCAGGUCUCCUCACACUGCUGGUGGGUUCCAUUUUUUCAUAGGGUGCUGUAUGGCCUCCCAUUGCUGCUGCCUCCACCGCCACACUGUGGCUCCACACUCUGGUUUUGGCCCCGUGACUGCCCAAAUGAGUGAAGUGUGCGGUGAUUCUAAGAUCGACGGCACUCAUCUGCAUGUCAUACUGACUGACAGUAUUAUUUCUCUUCCCCAGCAGACUCCAAGGGCAUUUAAAUUAAAGGUACAGUGUUCUGCACUAAUAUAA